AUGUCCUCGUUGUGGCCUCCCCGAAUCCACCACUCGAUUAAUGCGCUGUCCUUGGGAUUGGAUUUGAUUCUUCGCAAGACUGCCAUCAUCACUACCACCAUUAUGAAGCAGACAAUGAAUCAUGAAUGGCUCCUCGGGCUUGCGUUGACCGCCGUCACUAUGUUGCCGAUUGUUUCUGCUGACUUGACGACAACCAUCAGCUCCACCACGAAUUGGGGCACCUGGGAGGGUUUCGGCGUGUCCCUUGCAUGGUGGGCGAAGGCGUUUGGCACGCGGAGUGAUCUGGCUGACAUCUUUUUCUCCGCCACGUGGACAACGUACAAUGAGCAGAGCAUUCCCGGCAUGGGACUCACCAUUGCACGGUACAACGCCGGCGCCUGCAGCUGGAAUACCGUCAACGGCUCUACGAUGGCCGCGUCGCCUAGCAUUAGUCAGUCGCGACAGAUGGAAAGCUACUGGUUGGACUGGCUCAACUCGUCAUCGAGCUGGAGCUGGAGCGUCGAUGCAAGCCAGCGUAACAUGUUGUCUAUGGCCCAAUCCCGCGGCGCAAACAUAUUCGAGCUCUUCUCUAACUCCCCACCGUGGUGGAUGUGUCUCAAUCACAACCCCUCCGGGUCCGACGACGGCUCUAGCAACAACUUGCAAGCGUGGAACUACGACCAGCAUGCGGUAUAUCUCGCCACCAUUGCUCAACACGCUGCGAGUAACUGGGGCGUGUCCUUUCAGUCAGUUGAAGCCUUCAACGAGCCGUCCUCGGACUGGUGGAAUGGCAAAACAGGAACCCAAGAAGGUUGUCACUUUAACGUCAGCACCCAGGCGACUGUAAUUGGGAAUCUGCGCACUGAAUUGAACAACCGGAGACUCAGCUCGAUCCUGAUCUCAGCUUCAGAUGAAAAUACCUAUGACUUGGCUAUUUCUACGUGGAACAACCUCGGGAGUGCGGCGACGCGCAAUGUCGGCCGCAUCAACGUUCACGGAUACCAAUACGCCGAGGGACGGCGGGAUACGCUGUACAGCCUGGCAUCCAGCGCUGGGAAGCGGCUCUGGAACAGUGAGUACGGUGAGAACGAUGCGACGGGCCAGACGCUCGUCACCAACCUGCUCCUCGACUUCCGCUGGCUCCACCCCACGGCCUGGGUGUACUGGCAGGCCAUCGAUGGCUCUAGCUGGGGCCUGAUUGAUGGGAACAAUGAGAAGGUUUCUCUCGGAGCCGUCAGCCAGAAGUUCUUUGCACUAUCACAAUUCACCCGCCACAUUCGGCCUGGGAUGACCAUCCUGGACGGUGGGAGCAACUACACUGUCGCGGCAUACGAUUCCACGGCUCAGAAGCUGGUCAUCGUUGCUGCGAACUGGGGUGCUGCCCAGUAUCUCAACUUUGAGCUCUCCGAUUUCAGCAAGCCGGGGGUCAGCGGUGCCUUGAUCCCGCGCUGGAUCACCCAAGUCGGAACCGGCGACCAGUAUGUUAGCCACAACGAUACAUAUAUUAGCGGGACCAAGUUUUGGUCGUAUUUUCCCACAGGAGCUGUACAGACGUUCGAGGUGUCGAACGUGGUGCUGUAA